CCACCCUUACCUCCUUGUAAACUUCCAAAGUCUGUGGUCAUAAGAAACCUGCCAGCAGUAACUGAGGACCUUCCUUCCUUGUCCACGAAUAAAUCCCGGAAAUAAAGGAGAACUUUCAGGAAUAACAAGCGGUAGAUAUCCUACUGGACCUCUGGGUGCCGCUGUCGGCCAAUCCGUGGCUGGAGUGAAACAAAGGGAUCCACUAGCGAUUCUGACGCAGCGAUGUCCGCAGACCUUUGAGAAAUGCACCAGGAGCAGACUCUGCACAUCAUCUCUCCCGCAAUCUGCUCCAGAUAUCUGGGUCUAGAAGGUGAGAAAGAGCCGCUGCCUUUUCUUUCCAGCGUACUUUGGUAAUCCGAGGAGCAGCUGUAGUGAGGUGUAUUCAGACCUACAAAGCAGCAUCAAGAAGAAAUGAAGUCUCCCUACAGGGAAGACGCGGGAGCGAAGGAAGGGCUCUUUCCUUUCUCGAUGUCUUUGUUCAACCUAGUGAACUGCUCAACAGAGGCACUGUGAGAUUCCUUCCGUAAACGUAGCCAAGGAUUUAAAAGUGGGGAUUCGCACCGAAGAUCUACUUCUCGGUGACCAGAGCCAUGGGUGAUCUCUGCGGACCUAGAUGACACCCUUAAGGUAGAGUUCUCCUGCACUUUUCACAGUCUCACCAGGCAUACAGAAUAUAUUCCAUAAUGAUGGCACUGUCUUUGAUUUUGAAGAGUGACAGUUACAUCACAGCAUAGAAGAGAAGACUGGGGACAGUUAAGGGCCUUUUUCACAAUCCUGGUUGAAAUGGAGUUGAGAACUAUAAUGCAGUGCAGGUGACUUUCAGCUGAAUGUUUAGUCCUUUUAGAGAAAAGAAUUAUAGUUGAUGUAAUCAAAACAACAGGACUCAGAGACUUGCUUGAAGAGAGCAGUGAAAGAUAUUGUAGAGAGUAAUAAACAGAGUGCCAAACAAUUCACCAGUAAGAAUUAGUAAUUCUUUGUAAACCACUGGCAGAUGAAGUUCUGAACUGGGGGCUGACUUGGAAUUAUAAGGUAACUGACAAGGACAAGCUGUCCCUCUCCUCCCACACAAGCAUCAGCCUGAAUAUAACCCACGUCAGCAAAAACGCUCUAGUUUUCCAACAGGUCUACUGUAUGGUCCAGGAGACUGAGAGCACUCACCCAGCGCCCCACCCAUUGCACACUUUAGUGCUUCCAAUUCAAAUUUGGUGCCCUAGGUGCAUCCUGUUUUUCCUGACCAGUGACCUGGUGCUGUUGUCUGACAUGUCAGUGAGUGUAGAGCACAAUGGUGUUCACUGCAGCCUACCUUUGAGCUGACACUGCGCCCCCUGACCAGGGCUCAGUGACAUCCUGAGUAAGCCUGUAAUAAUGGACUACCACUGCCAAAACUUCAAGAACACUCGCUAUGCUGGGAGUUGCACCUGGAAGUUGUGUCCCUCUUCAGUGGGGCACUGCUUACUGUGCAGCCCGACUGCCUGGUCGCCAAGAUGGCCACUGACUGGGGCACAACACCUGACUGUCCUGUCAGGUGCUUCAGACCGCCUGAUCCGACUCUUCAACCUGAGGAUGCCCACGAGUGAGAUGCCCACUGGGGCACUAUGGAUGACAGGGAUGUUGCUCUUGGGGACUUGCUGGUCACUGUGCUCCAUGACAAUAUUCGUCACACUGCCGCUGGUCUUUGCAGGAGCUGUGGACAGACUUCUGUGACCACCCAGCACCCCCUACCAGAGCUGCAGUUUUACCUGGUUAUGGCCUUUUGGCCUUGAUCUCCAUGCUCUUCUUCCUACAGUGACUCUGGCCAUAGCCUAGUACCUGCACUGCUCUUCCAGCCCUGCUUUCAGCCUGGUCCAAACCUGGAUUUGGAGUUGCUCCCACUUUAGCAGGAGAGAUUUGCCCUAUUCCUACUGUCAAUAUACAGCUUGGCUUCAGAUCUUGCGAUCUUAAUUUCUUCAAAUUAACUCGGAAACCUUUUAACUGGAUUGUUUCUGUAGUACCAUCAGUGAAGCCUUAAAUAUUACGUUGGAUUCAAAUGUAUAUGUGUGAAUUUUAACACUUUUGUUUCAUAAAUAUCCUGCUGUAAGCAGUUCUGCUUACUUUUGUUGUCUUUAGGGGUGUGGGGAGCUCUACAAAUUCACUUGCUAGUUUCUAUGUAUAUUUUGAUUUGUUUCAUUAGCCAGAAAAUUCCUUUGGGCAAAAUUUUGUGCCUAUUAAUGUAUGGUCUGAGAAAUUAUGUUUCCUGCUGAAGAGUUCUUUUUUUGAAAUAUUGAAGGAAGUUCAUGGCAUCUUUAAGUUUCUGCUCUUGGGCUCCAUUAUACUUGUCUUUGAGAAGUGGAAAAGUGUAGAUUUGGUUAUAUAAGAACAUAGAUUCUCUCUCCCAAGAACUAUUCUGGCCUUUGUUUCCUUUCUUUCAUCAUUUUCCAGACCCUUCUCAGUCACAGUGUCCAUGGGUUGGCUGCCAAUAUCUGCCCAAUUUGUUCCUGAAAAAUGUCAGCCUCUAGAAUGCAGAGUUCAUUCUUUCUUAACUUUUGUGUAAGUUUAAAUAAAUGACACUAAGUCUGAGACAUUUUAGUUAGUAACCAUUUACUAAUUUUGCAAUGAGUAAAAGAAGGAAGGCAGUAUAGUUUUAAAAUCUUGCUAUUUUAGAAAACCAACUUCUUUUGGAGAAUGUAUUAAGUGUGGAUGUAGGAAAAUACAUGUUAUUCUAAUACAGACUAUCUAAAAAUAAAGAUGUGGUAUUUUUAUUUUCAGUUUUGAAAAAUAAUAUCACUGCCUCUUGUCUCUCUUAAAGUCUAAAUUAGAUAUUCCUGUGACAUUUUUCCAAUGAAAUGUCAAGAACCCAGUGUUUUUUGUUUGGUUAGGUUUGGUUUUUUGGCCACAACUCUUAGUGCCUGGACCAGGGAUCGAAUCCAUGACCCUUGCAGAGGAAGCACAGAGUGUUAAUCACUGGACUGCCAGGGAAGUGCCAGCCCAGUGUUACUUUAUUCAAAAUAAAUUACUUUCAGCUGAUUUAAAGGUCUUUUUAAUGUCCAUAUUAAAGGUCUUUUUAAAUCCACAUAAUACAUAGAUACUACAAUAAAAGAAAAAUAGGAUGGAGUAAAAAAUAUGUCCUUCAAAACUCCCAAGAUUUCUGCUAAAUAUUCAGAGCACAACAUAUAGGAUAUAGGACAGUCCAAUGUAUUAAAGUCUUGCUUACACUCUGAAAAUUUAUUUUUCCUUUUAGUUUUUUUUUUUUCAUCCUCUAGUCAAAGGGCAGUUACUCUUCUCUAUGGCCUGUGAAAUGACCAGGUGGUCAACAUACACUCCAGAGGUAGAGGGAUGAUUAGUCUACUUUGUGUUAUUUCCUGAAUAGCAAACAGGGAAUGCUUGGGAAUUCUCAGGUAAUUUGGGAAUACUACUGGAGUAUCCAACAGAGCUUGGAUUCUACUGUAUGUUACAAUUUAGCAAAAAGUAGAUGUAAGUAAUUAAUGAACAUAGUAGUUUCUCCUUUUCAUAGUGUUAAUAUCUUAGCGAGUUUCUUGACAAUAAACUAAGACUUAAGGAAACAUAGAUCAGCUGAAUAAGAGAAAGUUCAAGUAUUAUCUAGGAGUGCAGUAACUGGUUAGGACUCUGGGUGCCGCUGUUCACCAGUCUGGAAGAUGAAGGCAGCACACAGACACCCAGGGUGGGAGGGGGACUUCUUAGAACCACCAUCACUGCCGGAUUGAAAAGUCUCUCUGAAGCUGCCCUGAUCAUACUUCUGGACCACUUUCUGCUCUGAAUUCUCAAAAUUGCUCAAAAUUCUAAAUUUUGUUAAUUUAGACUCAGAGAGCAGGGAAACAAUACUCUUGGUGCCGGACUGAGAGAAUACGAAGCAAGAGAGCAAUGGCGAUUCGAGUGAAGGUGCUCGGCUGCCGCAGGCUGGUCCUACUGUUCCUUUUUCUGGGGCUGUUGUUGGAAGCCCAGGCUGGGAAGAUCCGCUACUCGGUGUCAGAAGAGACAGACAAAGGUUUCUUUGUGGGCAACAUCGCCAAGGAUCUGGGGCUACAACCCCAGGAGCUGAUGGAGCGCGGAGUCCGAAUCGUCUCCAGAGGUAGGAAGCAGCUCUUUGCUCUGAACCCGCGAAGCGGCAGCUUGGUCACCGCGGGCAGGAUAGACCGGGAAGAGCUCUGCGCUCAGAGCGCGCGGUGUCUGGUGAGUUUUAGCGUCUUAGUAGAGGAUAAAAUGAAGCUUUUCCCUGUUGAAGUGGAAAUAAUUGAUAUUAAUGACAACACUCCCGAAUUCCAGUUAGAAGAAGUGGAAUUUAAAAUGAAUGAAAUAACUGCUCCAGGUACCAGGAUCCCCCUGCCUUCUGGGCAAGACCUUGAUGUGGGUAUGAAUUCGCUCCAGAGCUAUCAGCUCAGCUCCAACCCUCAUUUCUCCCUGGAUGCUCUACAGGGAUCUGAUGGGUCCCAACAGCCGGAGAUGGUGCUGCAGAGUCCCCUAGACAGGGAAGAAGAAGCUGUCCAUCACUUCCUCCUCACUGCUUUUGAUGGGGGCAACCCAGCCCGUUCAGGAACCCUCCGAAUUCGAGUUCAGGUGGUGGAUGUAAAUGACAACCCUCCAGCGUUUACACAAGCAGUGUACCACACGAGUGUACCUGAGAACGUGCCUCUGGGCACUCGACUGCUCAUGGUAAAAGCCAUGGACCCAGAUGAAGGUGCCAAUGGGGAAGUAACAUAUUCGUUUCAUAAUAUAGACCACAAAAUGGCACAAAUAUUUCACUUGGAUUCUUACACGGGAGAAAUAUCAAGUCAAGAACCUCUGGAUUUUGAACAAUACACAGUUUAUCCAAUGGAAAUUCAAGCUCAGGAUGGUGCAGGCCUCAUGGCCAGAGCUAAGGUGCUGGUCAAAGUUCUGGACAUAAAUGAUAAUGCCCCAGAGGUAACCAUCACCUCUGUCACCACUUCAGUCCCAGAAAACUUUCUUCCUGGGGCCAUAAUUGCUCUUAUCAGUGUGCAUGAUCAGGACUCUGGAGACAAUGGUCAAACUUCAUGUUCCAUUUCUGGAAAUCUACCCUUUAAAUUAGAAAAGUUAGAUGAUAAUUAUUACCGUUUGGUGACAGAAAAAACAAUGGAUAGAGAACUUACCUCCCAGUACAAUAUUACAAUAACAGCCACAGAUCAGGGAACUCCGACUCUAUCUACUGAAACGCACAUUUCACUUCAAGUGACAGAUAUCAACGACAACCCCCCUGUCUUCCCCAAGGACUUCUACUCCACCUACAUUCUAGAAAACAACCCCAGAGGUGCCUCCAUUUUCUGCGUGACAGCCCAUGAUGCUGACAGUAAUGAGAAUGCACAGGUCACAUAUUCCCUGCUGGAGGACACCAUCCAAGGAGUGCCUCUAUCCUCCUAUGUCUCCAUCAACUCAGACACUGGAGUCCUAUAUGCCUUGCGAUCGUUUGACUAUGAGCAGUUCCAGGACCUGCAGUUGAGAUUGAUGGCUCGUGACAGCGGGGACCCACCACUCGGCAGCAAUGUGUCUUUGAGCAUAUUUGUGCUGGACCAGAACGACAACACACCCGAAAUCCUGUAUCCUGCACUCCCCACAGAUGGUUCCACCGGUGUGGAGCUGGCACCCCGCUCUGCAGAACCAGGCUACCUGGUUACCAAGGUGGUGGCAGUGGACAAAGACUCCGGACAGAACGCCUGGCUAUCUUACCGCCUACUCAAGGCCAGCGAGCCAGGACUCUUCUCGGUGGGGCUGCACACUGGCGAGGUGCGCACAGCGCGGGCCCUGCUGGACAGAGACGCGCUCAAGCAGAGCCUGGUGGUGGCGGUCCAGGAUCACGGCCAGCCCCCUCUGUCGGCCACCAUCACAUUCACUGUGGCUGUUGCUGACAGCAUUCCAGAAGUGCUGGCCGACUUGGACAGCAUUGAAACUUCCUCCCACCGGGACAACUCCAGCUUCACGUUGCACUUGGUAGUGGCUGUGGCCGCAGUCUCCUGCGUCUUCCUCGCUUUUGUCAUCGCGUUGCUGGCGCUCAGAUUGCGACGCUGGCACAGACUGCGUGCGCAGACGUCAGCAAGUGUAUUGGCAGGCUUGCCCACCUCUCACUUUGUGGGCCUGGACGGGGUGCGGGCCUUCCUGCAGACCUAUUCGCACGAGGUCUCGCUCACCGCGGACUCUCGGGGGAGUCACGUGAUCUUCCCGCAGCCGAACUACGCGGACACGCUCAUCAGUCAGGAGAGCGGUGAAAAAAAAGAUUUCUUGUCAGUACCUCAGUCUUUACUUGAAGAUAAAAAGGAAACAUUUUCUCAGAUCCUGGGAAAUCAUUAUUAAGUGUUUCUAUCCAAGUAUAUUUAUAAUUGUUCUUUCAUUGAAAAGGAGAUCGUAAUUAAUCAUAAUGUAGUUGGUUGGGACAGAGUUGUGGAAAGAGCAUUGCAUCAGAAACAAGGAGAUUUGGCUUUUAAUGUUUUCUUGCUUGCUUCUGGCCAAGUAAUUUUUUCUUUACCAUGCUCUUAUCUGACAAUGAUUGAGUUUGACUAGGUCUACAAAUAUUUAUGUGACUGAUUCUGUUUUUGGAUAUCCUUAGAUUAUAAAUAUCUCCUCAUCUACUCCUAAAUUUAACGUAUCUGUCAUCUGUUGGGGUGCUGUCUUAUUUGGGAAUAUUUUAAGAGGUAAAGAUUGUCUAAAGUAGUAUUUUAAGUUGUAUUAACAUAAAAUUAUGGAAAUCUAGGUAAGCUGAAAAUUUAAACUAUUGUUGAAUAUCUUAGCCCUUUGUUUAGCGGGGUUUUUUUUAAUAUGUUUUAUGCACACUCAAGAAUAUACCAAAUGUUUAAGUAAGUUACAAAAUGAAGUAAUAAAAUAGAUGACAGAAAAUUUCCUGUGCAACGUGAGAAAUAGUUUGAAGCCUCCUGACUUGUAUAUUAUGCCUGUAAUGUAAACAACUAACAAAAAUCAAAUAUAUAUUUCACUUUAAUGUAUUAGCUCUUCACAAGAAAUGCAUCAUAAGUAAGUUCAUCCUUUAAAAUACUCUGUUCCACUAAAUUAAAGAUAUACAUAUAAUAUAAAAUGAAAAAAGCAUAAUAAGGCACAAAUAAAAAUAAAUAUCUAAAUGGACCAAAGAUGGACAGAAAGUGGUGAGCCAGGCUAACACUAAAGUGGGAAUUCUGGUCUUGGACUUACCUUGAUCGGACAAAUCUGUAUACAAUGUUAUACACAACAAAUAUAGAAUAACCACUUUUAUAUGAAAAUAUGGAGACUCUACAACAAUUUAAUACAUAAUCAUCACAUGCACAAAAAACAGCAGAGAAAAUUUCAAAGUACCAAUAAUAUACAUGCUUUAUAACAUAUGCUUAAAUUAUAAAUUGGGUGGUGGGGGAUAGGGGAGAGGUAUUAAUAAUAAAAAGGUACAGACCUUGCAUUGUAAGAUGAAUAAGGCCGUAGGACCCAAUAUAUAGAGUGGAGACUAUAGUUGAUAACAUUAUAUUGUAUAAUAGAAAUUUGCUAAGAGUGUAAUUUAAUUCUCUCUCACACAUACACAAAGGUAAGUAUGUGAAGUGAUGAAUGUAUUAUUAGCUCAGGAGGAGGAAUCCUUUCACAGUGUAUAUAUAGCAAAUCAUCAUGUUGUACACUUUAAGUAUCUUAAAAUUUUAUUUAAAAUUAUAAAGCUGGAAAAAAUCACAAAGCAAAUACUUUAAAAGAAAACAAAAUGAGCAUUUAAAUCUAUACCACUAAACUACUAUUGGAUUUUAAAAAUCACAAUGGAAAUAAAAACUCAAAAAUUAAAAUAUUAUUUAAAAUUGUGGAAUGCCUCUAAAAGAUAUUUAGGGUUACAUUUAUAGACAACCAUAAGAAUUUCAAAAAGCAAAUUAUUAAAAUUAAUGAAGUUAGCUCGACAAUCAAGAAAUAAAGCAAGAAAUAUAUAAUAUCACUAUAAAGAAAAAAACAGGAAAGGGAAGCAGAGUAUAAAUUAUUGAAAUGCAAACCAGGAAGAAUUCUGAUGGUGAAGCAAUAGAAGCUGACACUAAUGGGGAGAAAUUGAAUCUUCUGUCAAGUCAAGUGCUGGGACUAAUAUUGGCUAGGUAGAUAGCAGGAGUAAAAUUCAUUUUAGAGAUCUUAAAAGAAGACCCAAAAUUCUGAUUAUAGACAAAGACCUGGGAAAAGAGAAGGAAAACCAAGUGAGACUGGGAAAAAAUAAAACAGCUUAAUACUAAGCAAGAAGUAUGAGUGGGAAAUAAUAUACUGUGUAAAACCAAACCUUGUCAAAGACAAAGAAACAGAAAAAUCUUUAGAGAAACUGCAAAUAAGGGAUGUCAAGUGGUUACUUAAUGAGACUCAAAAGUAUCAAAAGAGUGUUGAAGAAAGUUUUAGGAUACAAACCAGAGGUUCUACUAGAAAACAUGGUGAGUUGAUAAGAAUUGUUUCCAAUAAAUAUUUCAUCAGUGUUCUCAGAGGAAUGGAUUGAAAAUGAAGAAACAGGGAAGAACUCAAAAGGCAAAAAGACUGAAAUGAAACCAGAAGUGUGCCAUCUUGCUAAAGAAUUGAUUCAAAGUCCUAUCUACUAUAUUUAAUAUUUAUGGCUUGUGACUAAAUUGGGUUUAUUACUUAUGGAUGCAAGAAUAUUUCAGUAUAAGAAAAUCUAAUAUAAAACUUCAUAUGAAAAGAUUAAAGAUAAAAGCUGUUCAUGUCAAUAGAGGCAUAAUAAAGGUCUUGAGAACAUUCAACACAUGAUUAAAAUCUUUUCACAAAGUGAAAACUGAAGGAAAUGUACUUAAACUGACAAAGAAUAUUUGUCAAAAAGUUAUAGAACUAUCCAAAAAAAAAAACCUUAUAGAACUAUCCAAAGCAAUCUACAGAUUCAAUUCAGUGGCUAUCAAAGUCCCAGUGCCUUUUUUAUAAGUAGAAAAAAGUCUAUCCUAAAAUUCACAUGGGGUAUCAAGGGACCUCAGAUAGCCAAAACAGUCUUGGAAGAACAAACCACCUUCAGUUUCCUUCAUGUUUAUGCUGCUUCUCACUCCAAGCAUUUGUACUAAGGUUCUAGAACAUUACUCCAGCCUCUUUCUUGAUUCAGUCAUACCCUUUAGGAUCCAGGUUCAGUCCUGUUCUGAAAAGUAUUUUCUGACCACCACCCCCCCCCCCAGGUUGAAUAUCUUUCCUAUGUAUUCUCCCAUUGCCCAGGGUUUCCAACCAUCAUAGCAUUUGUUAUACUCUAUUAAAAUACUAGGUUUACUGUGUCCUCCCUUAUCAUGUAAAUUCCCUUAAGAACUGGACUGUGUCCAUCAGGUGCACCAGUUCUGUGUACAGCAUCAGUCAGGCAAAGUGUCAGGCAAAGGUUAGUCACUCAAUUAAGUGUCUGAUAACUCAAUAAUUUAAAUACAGAUUUUGGAAAAAAUACAGGUUUUGAAGUUCAGUACUAAGCCAUUAAGCACAUAAAUUUAAAAUAUAUAACAUUAGAAUAUAAUGUAGCUAAUGUUUUUAGAUUAAUCUUACUUUCUCCCAAUAUGGAAUAAGAGGUUGAAGAUGUUUAGCUUAAGGGUAGAGGCUACUUUGAUUAGUGCCUCCAAAGUUCAACAGUGCUUUCCUUGCUACUAUCAAGAUCACAUUCAUUCACAUCAUUCUUAUUCAUUCUGAGAAAAAAAAAAAGACUCUUGACUUGAAAGAGCAGUCUCUCAGGUACCUUAAAACUGUAAAAUUCUUCAAAGCAUCUUGAAAGUGACAGGAGUAACACGAAGUAACUGGAUUUGCCUGGGAAAAUGCAGAAAUUACUUAGGCCUCAGGGCGUCGCUGUUGACUACCUAAGAAAUAAGCCUAUGAGACCUCCAAUCCAACAUUACGAUUUCCAUAACACAAAGAGCUGGGCAUUUGGCCCGCAAGGUUCGGGGCGGCAAAGAAAUUCAGUCCAACAGCCCACUAGUUCUCUCCACAGUGACCUGGGUCCCGUGAAUGCUGGUCACUUCAGACCCUGAGGAAUAAAGAUUGGAAUCCCAAGCUGGAGGCUGGAAGUUGCCUGGGAGAAA